GCACGCUCGAAUCACAUUGAACACCGGCACGAUGGCAGUGGCAAGCAGGACGAGAUGGUCGACUCGUUGGAUAUGGGUGGCGCUCAUGCUGUAUGGUGUGCUUGCUUCGGCUGCUGGGUUAGCGGUUGGAAAGAUCGAGCCCACGGGGGCGGCCGUGGCGGCUUCUUCAAACGUGUCAACGUCAACCACCGCCACGGUGACGAUCAGCACGGUUGAACCGAACACGACGACGACAGUGGCGACGACCACGACCACAGGGCACGAGAAUGGUACAACGGCUACCUCGACGGGCCAAACGACAACCUCAGAGGCAACGACGACAACCUCAGAGGCAACGACGACCACCACAGCGCACAACAAUGUGACGACGACAAGCCCGAAUGUGACGACGACAACCCCGGAUGUGACAACGACGACGACGGUGGCACCAACACCAAAGCCAGACCCUGCUCGUCGACAGGCUUACGUGCACAUCUUUCCAAGUCGUGAUUGUAGCAUUGGCGUGGGGCUGGAUCAAGCCGCGAUCGUGGCUAGUGUGGCGGAAACCAACACCUCGUGCCGACUCAGCGCGACUGGCCAUUACUAUCAGCUGGCUUUGGACCCCGCCCACCAAAGACUGGUCAUCGCUCGCUUCUACUGCGUUGAUCAUCAUUGCAACAAUUGCGACCUGGACGAGAGCAACGUCAACUACAAAACCUGCAUCCCUAUCAGCACGGGCGAGCAGCUUUCUUUCCUCUUCACCAACUCCAGUCAGAUCUGUGCCUCGCCCGCUACCAAUCAGACACAAUCCGACCUCUCAAGCGUGUUCGCGGUCAAUUUCCCAACCUCCAACACCUGCAGCUCGGCAUCCAACAGCAACAUCACCAAUCUCGGCUCACCCGAUGACACGUGCAGAAAAUCCUCUGAUGGCUCUGCAUACCAGUUGAGCUACAUUGGUACAGCUGGCACCUAUGUCUUGAAGCGCCACUGUCAACUGGUGGGCGGGGCAUGUCAAAAUUGCACUGAGCACAUCACCGGGACGGCCUCGUCCUGCGAGCAUCCACCACAGGGUGGUACUCUACAGUUUGUGCCCCAUUCACAAGUGCCAGAGUGCGUUCCCGCCUCGAACAAGCACAGCUCCAAACGCUACGCUGGGGCCGUAGCAGGCGGUGUCAUGGGUGGUCUUUUCGUUGUUCUCCUUGGCUUUUUCGCCUACUUGCGUUAUGGCUCCUCACACAAGCGUAGUGGCUACGAUACGGUCCAGUGAUCCCCGGCCUUAGCUUUUUCAGGAUUUGAGUUCAUUAAAGUGUAUGUUUGUGUGUUGAUAUGCGUGUGUGCUUUUGUCAUGGCGAGCUGGCUGAGCGUGGCCGCCAUUGCAAUGGGUUUUUAGAUGUAUGAACCUGUUGUCGUGUACCUGGGUUGCUUUUCGUUUUUCUUUUUCUCCUCCUUUCUUUUCCUCCUGGUGGUGGCUUUGAACUGCAGAAUGCGGAUGUUGGUUGGUUUGAAAUAGAACGCUAGCAUCUG